AAAAAAAAAAAAAAAAAAAAAAUUUACCAUUUUUUUUUUAACGGCGAUAUUAAUCCAAUUCAACCCUACUCAGCCGCCAGCACCGCCACCUCUCACGAUCUUCUUUCUCCUUCGACGAUCGUUAGUGACCACAAGCACAGCGCGCGACGGUGCGUUACCAUUUCGUUCUACCGCGCGAGUAGCAACCACAUACGGAGGCGGCGUGUGCGGUGGUUUCGGCAGGUUCGAGCGUCUGUAAUUAUUGCUCCUCGUCGGCAGUUCGAAUUCCGGUGACACCUUAAGCAACGACCCAAGCGUGUAGACGGUGUCUGCUACACUCAUCUCCGGCUAGCCUUAAGCGACGACGGCGACAGCAAGCUACGUGAACGACGCGUCCCUCGCCGUUUCGCGCUGCUACCCCCUCUCGUUGCGGCGGCGCGAUUUCAACGACGGCGAGUCCAGACUCGCGAUAAGCUAAGAACAACAUUUGAUGAUUCUCCACAAACCGAAGACUUCACAUUUGCUAAGUGGCGUCUUUCUGUAACUCUGCAGCUUGCAAAUCAUAUACAUGAAAAGCAGGGAUCAGUUAGUGAAGCUGUUUGAAAAAUGUAAGUGUAGCAAAAUUCUAGCUGAAUUGCAAUGUUAUACGCUCAAAAUUGGCCUUGCUCAUGAUACUUUCUUCGCCACCAAACUUAGUGCACUGCAUGGAAAAUACACCUCUCUCGUGCAAGCACAUAAGGUGUUCGAAGAAACGCCUAGCAAAACAGUACACCUCUGGAAUGCUAUUCUUAGAAGCUACUGCAAAGAGAAACAAUGGGGACAGACUUUAUAUCUCUUUAAUGACAUGGUAUCUCAUGGAAUUUCAAAUGGGAAACCUGAUAAUUUCACCAUUCCUAUAGUUUUAAAGGCAUGCGCAGGGUUGCAGGCACUUAAAUUUGGAAAGACAGUUCAUGGGUUCAUCAAGAAAAAUGAGAAAACUGACCUUGACAUGUUUGUUGGGGCUGCAUUGAUUGAACUGUACUCGAAAUGUGGAAAAAUGCACGAGGCACUUCAAGUUUUCUUGGAAUUUCCUCAACCAGAUGUAGUUUUAUGGACUUCAAUGAUCACAGGAUAUGAGCAGAAUGGAAAUCCUAAGAAGUCAGUUGAUUUUUUCUCUCAAAUGGUGAUGAUCGAGCAUGUAAAUCCUGACCCCGUCACGCUUGUCAGCUUAGCAUCGGCUUGUACUCAACUGUCGAAUUCAAAGCUUGGAAGUAGCAUACAUGGCUUUAUAACUAGACGAAAACUGGAUUAUGACUUAUCCUUGGCGAACUCGUUGUUGAAUCUAUAUGCGAAGACGGGGUUUGUAAAAGCUGCAGCCAAUUUGUUCGAGAAAAUGCCGAUAAAAGAUGUAAUUUCAUGGAGCUCCUUAAUUGCUUGUUAUGCUCACAAUGGCGCAGCAGCUGAAGCACUAAACCUGUUCAACAAGAUGAUUGAUCAGAAAAUCAAAUUCAAUUCAGUCACAGUGAUUGGUGCAUUACAAGCAUGUGCAGUUGAAUGUAACUUAGAAGAGGGAAAGAAGAUCCACGAACUUGUUACCAGGAAAGGUUUGGAGUUGGAUAUUUCAGUUUCCACAGCUCUAAUUGAUAUGUACAUGAAGUGUUUUUCACCUGAAGAAGCCCUUGUGGUGUUUGAAAAAAUGCCCAAAAAAGAUGUGGUUUCUUGGGCUACCUUACUGAGUGGAUAUUCCCUGAAUGGAAUGUCCUCCAAAUCAAUGGGAACCUUCAAUACGAUGCUGUUGAACAACAUAAAACCUGAUGCUGUUGCCACAGUGAAAAUUCUUGCUUCUUGUUCAGAUUUGGGCAUUCUCCAACAAGCACUUUGCCUCCAUAACUAUGUUGUUAAAAGUGGCUUCACCGAUAACAUUUUCGUAGGAGCUUCGCUUAUAGAGCUGUAUUCAAAAUGUGGCAGCACAGUCAAUGCCAUGAAAGUAUUUGAAGAAAUGAAAGUAAAAGACAUUGUUACCUGGUCUGCGAUCAUUGCAGGUUAUGGAAUCCAGGGACAAGGAAGAGAAGCUUUGAAACUGUUCGACAAAAUGAGAGAGACAUCAGAAGUUAUGGCUAAUGAAGUAACAUUUCUCUCAUUGUUAUCUGCUUGUAGCCAUGCUGGUUUGAUUGAAGAAGGGAUCAAGAUAUUCAACAUGAUGUUGAAUGAAUACAGAAUAGAACCCAACAUGGAGCAUUACGGCAUCAUUGUCGAUCUUCUUGGUCGAACAGGAGAACUCGACAGGGCGCUGAACUUCGUUCAGAAAAUGCCAAUUCCGGCAGGGCCCCAUGUCUGGGGUGCCCUGUUAGGUGCCGCUUGUAUUCAUCACAAAUCUGACUUGGGAGAGAUUGCAGCAAACAAUCUCUUCAAAUUAGAUCCUAAUCAUGCUGGGUACUACAUACUGCUAUCUAACAUUUAUGCUGUGGAGAAUAAUUGGGAGAAUGUGGGAAAACUUAGGAGUAUGAUAAAGGAAAAGGGUUUGAAGAAGAUACUUGGGCAAAGUGUGAUUGAAGCAAGAAGUGAGGUUCAUAGUUUUGUAGCUGAUGACAGAUUACACCCAGAAUCUGACCAGAUUUAUAGGUUGCUAAGAAAUUUGAAUGUUAAUAUGAGAGAUGAAGGUUAUAGCUCUAAUUCAAAAACCUAUUUGCAGGGCAUUGAGGAAAUUGUAUAGUAAACAUUCUAUUGUAGGGCAUGUAAGUUGAAGAAACUAUUCAAAUUGAGAGCUAAA